ACUUACGAAAGGGAUAUUUGGGAAUGUGACAUUCCAGGAAAUUUUCAUUUGGUCGACACGCUUGACCUUGGAUCCCGCAGCAUUGCUUUCUUCAAAGGAUCGACUGGAGGACGUAUCAAUCAUGUCCAGCGCCAUGGAAGAGUUCCCGUUUCACAUCCUUCCACAGCUGACCAAGUUGAAAAGAUUGGACCUCACUGGCAAUCUGUUGAAGAGGGUGCCCGCCCUCGCAAGUCCCAGUCUGGAGAUCCUGAUUUUUUCACACAAUGAAAUAGAAAGACUUGAUCCAGGAUGGUCCAUUCCCCAUUUGGUGACACUGAGUAUCAAAUACAACCCCAUGACGGACUUUCCCCCUGGACUGGUCGAGGGAAUGAGGAAACUGACGCAUUUUGAUGCUUCUGGCUGCAAUCUGGGACCGACUUUAUCGAAGGGAUCCCUGACGUUCCAGAGCGAAGUAUUGUCAGCAGUGUCUCUAAAGCGAAAUGAAAUCGUCAAUCUGGAGCGAGGGGCCAUCACAGGUCUCAGAAGUGAUACAGAGCUUCACCUAGAGGAAAACAUGAUGACAGAAUUGAAGGAAGACGCUUUCCUGCCUAUGUUGGAGGACCUUGGGAAAAAUGGGAAAAUCUUUCUUUCAGGUAAUCCCAUCGAGUGUGAUUCUUGGCUUGCAUUCAGUCCGAAUUUCCAGAAAUUAUGGAAGAGACUGGUUGAAUUGGAUUGCAAGAACGACAUUUCACAACCUCCCCCCCAGAGAUUGUUUCUCAAUAAAGCUUCUUCCUUCAAGCCUUUACGGUAG